CUACUAUCCUGAAAACAGCCCCUCACACUAUCAUCCAGACAACAGCCCCGUUCCAGUCCCAUCCUGACAGCAGUCACGUCCUCUACCCUGCAGACAAAAGCCUCUCUGACGACCAUCCAGACAAAGGUUCCUUUCACUCCAAUGACGAGAACAGUCUCUUCCACUCCAAUCACGAGAACAGCCUUUUCCACUCCAAUCAUGAGAACAGCCUCUUCCACUCCAAUCACGAGAACAGCCUUUUCCACUCCAAUCACGAGAACAGCCUCUUCCGCUCCAAUCACGAGAACAGUCUCUUCCACUCCAAUCAUGAGAACAGCCUCUUCCGCUCCAAUCACGAGAACAGUCUCUUCCACUCCAAUCAUGAGAACAGCCUUUUCCACUCCAAUCACGAGAACAGUCUCUUCCACUCCAAUCACGAGAACAGCCUCUUCCACACCAAUCACGAGAACAGCCUCUUCCACUCCAAUCACGCGAACAGCCUUUUCCACUCCAAUCAUGAGAACAGCCCCUUCCACUCCAAUCAUGAGAACAGUUUCCGCCAUUCCAAUCACGAAAACAGCCUCUUCCACUCCAAUCACGAUAACAGCUCCCACUGACGCUUCCACUACUAUGGAUCCAAGAGACUCUUCCACUACCAUCAAGACAGCUCCUUAUACUACCGGGCAGACAACAGCCUCUUCUACUACCAUCCGGACAAAAGCCCCCUCCACUGCCAAAGAGACAACAGUUCCAUCCACUACCAUCCAAUCCACAGCAUCGUCUACUGCCAACCAAACAGCAGGUCACUUCACUGCCAUACACACAACAGCUCCUCCCAACAUUGACGAAACAACCCCUGUUACUACUAUUAAAACACUUCUAACCACUGGUCCAUCUACUACUAAAACAGCAGCUCAAACGGCCAUUGUUAAUACGACAGCUCUCCCAACUGCAGGCAACACUACAGCAAAGACAACAACUGUAAAGACAACUGCGCCCAGGACUACAGUUCAGAUGUCAGCCCACCCAUCCGCAGCUAAUAUGACAAUUUCUACUUCUUCCAUAAAACAAGCAGUUCUUUCCAGUACUGUUAAGACUUUGAGUGUUCCCCAAACCACAGCAACAACGACUGCCACUACUAUCGAAGCAACAGCUGUUCCAAAGACAGUUACCACAGCUAUUCCCAUCAACAAUAGUACACUGUCUAGGAAGACUACUAUCAAUCCAACAGCAUCGCUGCCAACCGUUCAGACAACUAUUGUUUCCUUUGCAGUAGGGACAACCGUUCCACAGCUCUCUACCGUGAGGACAACAGUCCCUCUCACUAAGACAGGUCCGCCGUUUUUCAAUGACACUACAGCUCCAAAUGUAACAGUUUCAUCCCCUUCUGUGAAAACAUCAGAUCUUCCUUCCUCAAUUAGUACAACAGGUGAUCCAACUUCCAAGUCUUCCAAGGCAACAGCUCUGCUCUCCUCUAUCAGAACAACUGUUACAGCAGUGAUAGCACCAACCGUUUCCAUAAAACCAGCAGCUCCGUCCACCUCCGUUAAAAGAACAGCUCUGCCCACCUCUGCGAAAACAAUAACCCUGUUCACCCUCAUUAACACAACAGCUUCGUCAACCUCCGUUAAUACAGCGUUUUCGUCUUCCUCUGUCAGAGCAACAGAUCCGUCAAUCUCAAGUAAAACAAUGCUUUCACCUUCCUUCAAUACAACAACCGCCUCGAAUCAAACAACUGUUACAGCGUUUCCCACCUCCAUUAAAACAGCUGCAACAACCACCAUCAAAGCGAUGACCUCGCAAAUAUCUGCUAAAUCAACAACCCCAUUCACUCCCACCAAGUCAUCGGCUCUACCUUUCUCUACUUCUCCCGAUCUUCUGAAUACAACAGCCACUCCGAGGGCAGCGGACAGAACAUUGGUUUCUACUCAAGCAGCAACCCCCAUCAAAACAACAACCUCGCAAAUAUCUGGUAGAUCAACGGUCCCAUUCAUCUCCACCAAGACAUCGGCUCAACCCUCCUCUACUUCUCCCGGUCUUCUGAAUACAACAGCCACUCGGAAGACAGCGGACAGAACAUUGGUUUCUACUCAAGCAACAACCCAAGGCCCGCCCGCCAACGAUACAGCUACCACUCAAUUCCUGGGAACGUCUCUCACUCCUUUCAAGACAAGUGCCCUAACUGUCACUAAGACAUUAGCUGGCUCAACUAACAUAACUUCAGCAUCUCCCAUAACUGACAAGACACAAGCCUCAAAAGCUACCAGGACAACGGCUCAUCCCGGUACCGUCCAGACAGCAGCCCCAUAUUCUACUCUACAAACAAAAGUGACCCCUACAUCCUUCCAGUCAGCAUCCCUUAGAACUACCGGGAAGGCAACAGCUGUGCUUACUACCAAGACAACCGGUACCAUUUAG